AAAAGCGCAGGGCAGCCACAUACACAUAUCUGGUUCUUCUGUACACAAUGACUUUUCGAUCGAUGGGACAUCCUCAACGAAAUACUACCCCUAACUGGCAUUCAAUGUAUUUUGAGUUGGAAUAUGGCGGGCUAUUUCACAGUAUGCUUUAUAUUCACACGCACUUGCUAGCUCGUCCGUGUGGCAAGUAGACUUGCAAUGAACAACUGCGAAGUGCUGGCACUGGAGGCCGAGAGCUGGAACGUUCGGUUUAGUUCGCCGUAAAAGUUUGCUGCCGUCGGUCGUGCACCUGAUUACGGUAUCCAGUGGCAGAUCAGUAGAUGAGUAGAUCAGUGGCAACUGCGAAGGUAGAUCGUCGGGGGAGCAGCUGCGAACGUGAGAAAUUAGCACAGAUUGCACACCAGCGGUGCGAAAAUCCGACAUCCAGAUAUUCCAACAAAUAUCCAAAUAAACCGUUCGUUCGCACAAGUGAACGUCGCACACAUGGCGCAAUAUCGCACAAAUUAGGGGCACAAGAGAUUUUAAGUGUCCGCACAUAUUAUUGGCCCGGGGAUAAUUAUUUGCGUGCCAUGACUUAUUGGCGAUCGCAGCCCAUCUCCGCGAGUUAGUAAUCGACCCCGCCAAGACCAAGAAGGGUGGGCCGACCCGAACAGCAGCCGGAGCCAGUCGGCCGCAGCCAAACCAAAAGUUUAUUGUUGUUUGGGCCACGGGAGUGUAAACAAAUCGCAGCGGACAGAAGUGGCGGCGCUAAGAUGGAGAACGUGCGCUUUUCAAUUAUUGAAAACGACUUGAAGUGGAACUCGGAAAGCGAUCAGACGGCGGAUGUGGACUUGCUGCUGGACAGGCGGAGCAUCUCCAGUGAGGCCAACAGCGCCGGAGUGUUCAGCGACGAGGCGCACGAGAUAUUUGUGCGCCAACAGCAGAACCAGAUCCUCUGGGACCUCGAGGAGAUUAGGGAAACCCUGACCGAGGCUCCAGGCGGAAAGCAAGUCUUGGAAAUGGUUCAAUCUGGCGGUUUCCUGGAAUUAAAGACCGACUCUGGUGACUGCAAUUUGGCCCUGAUCUGCUGCUCGGUAUUCGGGAGCGUAGAAAAUACUCUCUUCCUACUAAAGCACUACAACGCGGACCCAAAUGUGGCGGACAGUCGGGGUCGGACUCCGCUGCAUUUCGCCUGCUGUCGGGCAAACGCUCCCAUAGCCAAGGUGCUGCUCGACUUUGGAGCUGACCCCAACCGCUGGGAUGCCAGGAAGGAGGUGACGUCGCUGCACUGUGCAGCCAGCUCAAAAAGCGUUGAAUGCAUCCUGCUGUUGCUGCGGCGCAAAGCGAGCAUCAACAUUGGGAUCGAAAAGCGUUCCGCUCUGCACUAUGCCAUCGAUGUGAACGCAGUGGAUUGCGUUGAGAUCCUGCUGAAGUACGGAGCCGACCCAAAUACACCGCAGGUGUACACCGAAACUCCGCUGCACACCGCCAGCGCCGCAGGAUUCGCCAAAUGCGUCCAGCUUCUACUCAGCCACAACGCCGACGUGCGAUCGCAGUUUGGCGAGGGAAAGGUUACGGCCCUGCACUUGGCUGCUGAAAACGACUACGUAGAAUGUGCUCGCUUGCUCCUCGAACACCGUGCUGAGGUGGACUGCCGUAACGCCAGCCAUCAGACGCCGUUGCACCUCGCCUGUCUUUCGCAGUCCAUCGGCACCGUGGACUUACUCAUAUCCUACGGAGCCAAUGUAAACGCCGUCUACCGAGAUGGUAGAACCGCGCUACACGCCGCCAUCGUUAAGCAGUCGCGGAGUUUGGACUGCUGCAAUGCCUUGCUAAAGGCAGGAGCGGAUGUUAACAAGGCAGACAACUAUGGGUAUACACCGCUGCACAUUGCUGCACUGAAUGAAUUUAGCAGUUGUGUGUACACGUUCAUAGAACACGGGGCGGACAUUACCGCCAGGACUGACGGGCGUGUGUCGGCACUAUUAUUUAUAGUAAGGCGCACUCCGGAGAUAAUACCCAAACUAAUGCAAAAGCUGGAUUGUUCGAUAAAGGCGAACGAUCAGGAAAUCGGCGACGUUGAUUGCCAGAUAAAGCUAGACUUCAGGCUUUUGGUGCCCAGUUCUUCGAUGGAUCGGGGAGAAACCGAGCUACUCAUCUCCCUGAUAGAAGUGGGACAGAAGCGCAUUCUCAUGCAUCCGCUUUGCGAGACUUUCCUCUUUCUCAAGUGGCGUCGCAUUCGGAAGUUUUUUCUCAUGAGCCUGGCGUACCAUACGUUUUUCGUGAUCCUAUUCACUUUCUAUGUAAUACGGGUGUAUGUCCGAUGCUGCAAGGCGGAGGAGUUAUGCGUGGCUCCAGGUUACGUUUCAACUAUUGGAUACCUGGUGAUCAUACUGAACCUAAUUCUGCUGGGGAAAGAGGUGUUUCAAAUGGCACAUGGUCUUCGCGGCUACGCAAAAUAUUGGGAGAACUGGCUGCAAUGGACCAUUGGGAUAGGUGUGCUCUUAUGUGUAUCCCCGGAGACCGUGCGAACUGACGAUCUAACGGCAGUGCCGGUGUGGCAGCACCACGUGGCAGCUAUAGUGAUAUUGCUCGUCUGGUUGGAGCUAAUGAUGUUGGUGGGACGAUUCCCCAUAUUUGGCGUAUAUGUUCAAAUGUUUACAAAGGUGGCCGUUAACUUUGCGAAAUUCUUGCUCGCCUACAUAUGCCUGCUGGUGGCUUUUGGCCUCAGCUUUGCCGUGCUCUUCAAUGAUUAUCCUGCUUUUGAGAACAUCACAUGGUCCUUCUUGAAGUCUAUCACCAUGAUGUCUGGCGAACUGGAGUUUGAAGACAUCUUUUAUGGAGACUAUGCGGUCAAAUUCCCUGUCACCGCUCACAUCAUAUUUCUCUCCUUCGUGCUUCUCGUCACAGUAAUUUUAACCAAUCUCAUGGUGGGAUUGGCCGUCAGCGACAUCCAAGGUCUGCAAGUGAGCGCCACGCUUGAUCGUCUGGUGCGCCAAGCGGAGCUCGUGUCCCGUUUGGAAAGCCUUUUUUUCUCCCGCCUGCUGCGAAGUGCGCCUACCAACCUCAUUCAGCUGUGCAAGCGGAGUGCUCUUCUGCGCACUUCCCGCGACAAACUUCAGUUCACUAUACGGCCUAACGACCCCCGGGACAAUCAGCUGCCGGAGGACAUUAAGUUAAAUGUCUACAAGCUGGUGGCCGAGCGGCGCGACAGAAACCAGAGCCUCCGACGACGCCAGUUCGAAAACAACUACAACAUCUUUAGUCGCAGUCUGCAGCGUCAGCAGCAGCCGCUCCACGCGGAUUUCCUUCAGCCAGAACCUGCAACGGAGACCACAAAGAAGACUCCGCAGAAUGUAUUUCACAUGCACGAACUUCUGCGUCCCCGAUCCACUACGAAUGUGCCGCAGCAGUUCCGCCAGGAUGCGGAGGGGACAGUACAGCUGAAGAAUCAGGCCAAUGUCCUAAGCGCUGUGCACGCCGAGGUGCAGGCGAUCAAGACGCAACUAGUGGAGCUAGUGGCCAAGUUCGAGCGUUUCUCAGAAAACGCAACCCGCAAGCUUAACUACAGUACCGACGAGUUGUGCCGGCUGCGGCAGCAGGGUCAGUCCGUGGCCUCCAGUCACAACCGUCACCACCGCUAAGUCCUAAACCGGGUCAGUAAAUUAGUUUUAUUCCUUUUUUCAUGAAAACACAAUGAUUAAAGCAU